AUCACACCGCUGACUUUUCAUCUUGUUUCUAUCCACUACCCUCUUCCCUUCCAAAAUGGAUGUUUACUCUACUUCCUUCACGCAUCCUCGCAGGAUGCGACACUACUCCUCUUUAAGCUUUGAUCUGCACGGAGGCGACUUUCGUUUUCCUCAGUCCGAAUCUUUGACAGCAAUGCAUAAAGAACAUCAAAUACAAGAAAAUCAUGUUAAUGCAGUUCCAGAUGCUUCUUCUGACAGUGAAUCUAUACACAAGCUGACCGUCAUGGCUAUGUCUGUCCAUGGUUGUCAUGCUUCAUCUUUCAUGGUAGAUCAAGGAAGGGGAUGGAAUUUUUAUAUCACUGGAUUAUAUCAACAAGUCAUGAUGGCUCGUGGUAUGAUUCUCAAAGAUUGUCCUCUUCACCAUCGCGCUGCAAUCAAGGUCCCGCGUUCAGAUAUACUUGAUUCUCCAUCUUCAAAACCUGUCCUGAAGCCUGACGUACGGCGGAGGCUUGACGAAAUUGCCUCGCAAACCAUGGCACACAUCGCAGUUGUUAAUAGUCCCCUCUCACUUUCAAACAAAGCGCCUCCAGAUGGUAUAAAUACUAGCUCAGGGUGGUCCGGCUUAGACACUGAACGCGUUUGUGAGCUUGUAGUCACGGGGCAAGGUGACGCCGUUGAGCUGGCUCGUGUCCGGCUACUGGUCAUGCUCGACGAGCUGAAUGGACUCCACGCAGAACUAUGCGAAAUCGAUCAUAAAUUACAUGCUAUUAUAGCUGGUCGAAAGCGUAGCAUACUUCAAUCAAUUCAAGAAGAAACGGCGACAAAUAUAUAUUUACCGUCUCCCUUACAAGGUCUAGUUGGCUCCGAAAACGAGAAACCUGGAGCCUCCGCUAGACACAUCAUCUGGGUUACCGGGGAAUUUUUUGGUGUCCAAAGGGCGCGGGACAUGUUACUCCAACUCUCAGCCAAUAAGAGCAAAUCCGUUGUAUCCAGAGACAGCGCUAUUUUACCCCGAAAAUUAGACUGGAUGAUCUUGGAGCACGCUGAGGAUCUGAAGUCUAUAAUGAGUGACAACGCGAGUCAUGUCGAACUUCCGCCCAUCGGUAGUUCAAACAGCCUAAUUACAGUUUAUGGUGAUCAAAGAGUGAAUGUUCAGCGAACUAUACGCUCGAUCAUGCAUUUAGCUUGCCAGUAUUAUGUUGCGUCUUUCUGGCUGUUGCCCAUUCAGUUCAAUGCGCUACUGCCACCAACAACGCUCAAUGCCUCGCAAGUCAACACCCUUCUCAAACAGAUAUCUAUCACAACUGGAGCAGAGAUUGUCUUCAAGAGCAUGUGUUUUGAGAUGCACGGUCUCGAGUAUGAAGUUCGUGCGGCUGUCACCAUGAUUCUUGAUCUUGAUGUUAUCAAGGCUUUUCAUCACGAAAUUCGAUUCCAAAUCGAACUCGCUAAUGAACAUCGGGAAUUCAUCAGCGGGAAGAAGAACGGUAAAAUUAAUAAGAUAAUGCAGGCUUCUAACGUCAAAAUCAAGUUCGAGACCUUUAAUGACCACAAUUUCCUCAUUGAUAUUGCAGGCAAUGACUCGUCUGUUUUGCAAGGAUUAUCCUUGCUCCAAGAAGAGCUUCCUGCAGAGAUUUCCUUUCACGUCCCGGAGGCCUAUCAUAAACGGAUAAUCGGAAUAGGGGGGCGUAACAUACAACGCAUUAUGAAGAAGUAUGGAGUCUACGUGAAAUUUUCGAAUGCCGAAGAGUUUGCCGCUCUGGGAGGCUAUCAUGAUAACGAAGAUAACGUGGUGGCAAGGACUCCAUCCAAAAACUCUACCAACUUGGACAACUUGAAGCAAUCUGUUAUGGAAAUCGUAAAUCCUAAGGAUAAGGAUUAUGUCAACGAAACGGUGUCAAUUCCACGCCGGUAUCAUCGAAUCUUAUUGGGCGAGAAGGCUAUUUUUAUUCAUGACAUCGAAUCGAAGACCAACUCUCGAGUCCGAUUCCCUGAUAAAGAGACUGCUUCUGACGUCGUAACUGUAUUUGGUCCUGAAAAUCAGGUUCAAAUAGCAGUUACUAUGUUACUGGAAUACGUACCUUUCGAAGCUGACCUCAGUGUACCUCCCAGCGCUGAUAUCCUCGCGCUGUGUGCAUCUGCUGAUUUCGCGGCCUUCGUGGAACGUGUUAAAAGUGAACUUCAAGUAUCUAUCACACCUACCCUCCAAAACAUUAUCAGUAACGGCGUAGGGUCUUCCGGUAGCGAAGCAUCCUCCGAUUGUACCUUCAAGUUCCGUUGUCAGCGAAGUAAUACCGACUUUCUCACAGCGGCGCGGGAGAUGUUGGAGCAGUUUUUGCUGAACAAUAAGAUUCAUGUCUAUCCGUCAUCGACUGCUCCUAGCCAUAAAGGAGGAGAUUCUUUUGCAGAGGCUUUUCCUCACUUUGACAGCAAGGUUCUUUCCACAGCUAGGAGACACGAAUCUGUUGAGCUAUCGAAACCUGAGGGAUUUCGCGAACGCCGUCUCCGACUUGCCAGUUCAUCGCCUGAUGUAAAGGCACUGUUUAACUCCCCUCCGUAUAUCUUCGACGUCGAAGAUCAUGAAGAGACACAAGCAAGUUAUGUGCACAAUAGUGGCCUAGAUUAUUGGAACAAACAGUUGUCUCCAAUUGGAUCGGGAAUCCCUGCACGUGCAAGGCACACUGACGAUGCUUUCAAACGUGGAUCUGAUUCCUUGCUGGAGUCGAAGCUCAAAGGACAAAUGUUAAAGCCUCGAUCUCUCCAGAAUCGUGCACAAUCACUUGAUUUGACAUAUUCGUUAUCCCGCAUAAAUGAGGCAUCGAGUCGACUUCCUCCUCCUGAUUCCCCGGCGACGUCAACAGGAGGGACAGGUGGCAACUCCAGUCCAACGUCAGCGACCGCACCAUCAUUUCCUAGUGUUUAUGUUCCAUCGAGGCCGUCUCGUGCAGGUCGUUCGCGAGACGACGAAUCUGUUGAUGAGGUGUCGAGAGUGAUCUCUAGUUUACGAUUAUGACUUAGGAGUGGUAUGCUGAUAAAGUGAAGAACCAUUUGAUAGUUUAUCAUGACUUCGAUGAUCAAUAUCUAGUGCAUUACACAUAUAUCUUCAACUUCUUGAAUCCUAUAUAUAUCGACAAAAGGAUCUUCACCUUGGAAGAAAAGUAGAAUAUUCAUUCAUCUACAGUUG